CAUGUAAUGAAAUGAAUUCAAAGAGAGGGAAAGGUACCAGCCACUCUCCUCUAACCUAUCUCACCAACUCACGUCUAGAAGCACCAAUAUCAGUAAUCGCUUUUUCUUUUGAGUCAAAAGCCUAUAAAAAUCAUCUCUCAGGGCCGGCCACCCUUAUUGUUCAACCAAAACCACCACACCUCAGCCACCAAUACAACAAUCGUUCCAUGGGAAGGUCUCCUUGUUGUGAGAAAGCACACACCAACAAAGGAGCAUGGACCAAAGAAGAAGACGAUCGCCUCAUAGCUUACAUCAGAGCUCACGGUGAAGGCUGCUGGCGCUCUCUCCCCAAAGCCGCCGGCCUUCUCCGCUGCGGCAAGAGCUGCCGUCUCCGCUGGAUCAACUACCUCCGCCCUGACCUCAAACGCGGGAAUUUCACGGAAGAAGAAGAUGAGCUCAUCAUCAAACUCCACAGCCUCCUCGGGAACAAGUGGUCUCUCAUAGCCGGAAGAUUGCCGGGGAGAACGGACAAUGAGAUAAAGAAUUACUGGAACACUCACAUACGAAGGAAGCUUUUGAGCAGAGGAAUUGACCCUGCAACUCACAGGCCUCUCAACGACUCUCCUCGUCACAAUCAACUCCAAGAAUCAGCCGGCGCAGCCACCAUAUCUUUUGCUCCCAAACAAGAGGAAAAGGACAACAACGUGUUGGUUGAGGUUAAGGAUUCGAAGAGUCCCACAUCGGAACGCUGCCCUGACUUGAACCUCGAGCUAAGCAUCAGUCCUCCCCAUCACGAACGGGAGGAGGGCGGCGAUGAAGAGGAAUCGAAGAGUAUUGCGAGAAGCCUUUGCUUUGCCUGCAGUUUGGGUUUGCAAAACAGCAAAGACUGUAGCUGUGCCCUCAAUGCCAUCACUGCAAAUGCCAACGCUUCUACUGCCACUGGCUACGAUUUCUUGGGCUUGAAAACCAACCCUUUGGAUUACAGAACCUUGCAAAUGAAAUGAAAUUACAUUCAGAUUGCUACCUAGUAGAGAGAAAUUCAUUUCGGAAUCUCUCCCUUCUCUUCUCUAAUUAAUUAAUUAGUUAGUUUUGGGUUCAUGGAUGCAAAUGAUACAGUUCCACCCAGUACAGUUCAACACCGUGCUCUGUUCCU